CAGCCAAGAAUGUCGCCCAACCGCCUUGGUUUGCCACUUAGCCUCGUGCUCCUGUUGGCCUUUCUGGUGUCCUCGACCCGCGGCACCUGCAACGUCUGCAACGUUGUCAACAACCUGACCUGCUACUCCCCCACCCAGAUGCAGGCCUGCCAGGUGGGUGUCCAGUCCACGGCCACGCCCACCGCCUGCCCCAGCGGCUAUGUCUGUGUGAGCGGAUCGGGCGGGGUGCUCUGCCAGCCGCAGAAUACGUCAUCCGGCAGUCAGGCGGACUGCCAGUCGUGCAACCAGUGCGAUGCGACCCAAACGUUUGCCUGCACCGGAACCCAGAGCUUCGCCCUCUGCCUGGGCACAAAUACCGUCUAGGAUUCGGUGGGGACCUGUGCCUCCGGCUAUGUGUGCAACACCAAUGAAACCCAGAUAUGCGGUCUGCCAGCCAGUGGGGUGAUGGCGACCUGUUCGUAUGCUGCUGCCACAGCCAUCAGAACGACGAGCCGCCCCACCAGCACCACCACAGCGGCACCACCUUCCACCAGUUCCGCAUCCGCAUACUGUGCGGCUGUUCAGUCGGAGGGAAGGUAUGCGGUCGGAUAUAACGCGUAUACGACCUGUCGACAGUAUAUCUACUGCACCUUGGUCAGCGGCAGUUGGAUUGGUCAGACCUACACCUGUCCGGGCUCCCUGUUCUUCGACAGCUCCUCGGGAAUGUGUGUGCCCGGCAUGCCGUCCACCUGUUCCACCACGGCAACCACCACUUCCACGACGACGGCGGCACCCACGACCAGUAAUCCCGGAGCAUAUUGCAAGAAGAUGCAGUCGGCCGGCUCCUAUCCCGUGGGCACGGUGGCCAGCACCACCUGUCGCCAGUACAUCGAGUGCUUCCUCCUGGACGGAGCAUGGAAUGGCCACCUGUACACCUGUCCCGGCAGCUUGUACUACAACAGUGCCAGCAAAAUGUGCGUGACCUCUUUGCCAGCCACUUGCUCCACCACAGUGGCAAGUCUGAGCCUAAACGGCGUGGAUCUAAAUUAA